ACUUUCACGACCAUGAGCGAACCAACUACGAACGGUACCCCUGCGAAAAAGCAGCUCAUUCUCAAUGCUUUCGUGGAGUCAUCGGACAUCAAUCUCCUGGCUUAUGGCGACACCCUGAUGACCAGUCUACAAACUUCAAUAAGAUACAACAUUGAGUCAAGCUGGCUCAAUUGCUUGAGAAGGGCAAGAUUCACGGCAUUUUUAUCGCCGAUGUNCUUGGGCGCGUAUGAUGUCUACAAAGGACCUCAGAAUCCUGACCCGGCAAUUAUCUCUGGUGCUCAAUGGCCAGUCAACGAGCCUCUGGCGACCGUGCCUGCAAUGGCGGCCGCUACAGAGAACAUUGGCUUUGGCGUUACUGUUUCGACCACNCCUUAUCAUCUUGCUAGACGUCUGAGCACAGUUGAUCAUUUGUCUGACGGUCGCGUCGGAUGGAAUGUUAGUCUCGAUAUUUUUCUUGGGAGGACCACAAGGACUAAUAAAACUGCAAUANNGGUCGUCACUGGAUAUCUCGAUUCAGCAGCUAGAAACCUCGGACGUACCGAACAACCAGAACACGAUGACCGCUACGCCAUGGCUGAAGAGUACAUCGAAGUAAUGUACAAACUAUGGCAGUCGUCCUGGAGAGACGAUGCUGUCAAGCUUGACCGCAAAAAGGUUGUCUACACCGAUCCAACUCUGGUCAGAAAGAUCGACCACGUGGGCAAAUAUUAUAACGUUCCCGGGCCUCAUAUUUGCCAACCUUCUCCCCAGCGGACACCAGUCAUACUUCAGGCAGGUACUUCCAAAGCUGGUAAAGAGUUCGGAGCAAAGAAUGCAGAAGCUAUCUUUGUAUCUGGUCACAGUCCUUCGGUGAUCGCAAAAAACAUCGCGGAGAUUCGAGCUUUGGCGAAGGAGAAGUAUGGCCGCGACCCAAAGAGCAUCAAAUUCCUUGCCUUACUCUGUCCCAUCAUCGGCAAGACUCAGGAAGAUGCAGAUGCGAAGUACCAGGAAUACCUUAGCUAUGGCUCUGAAGAUGGCGCUUCAGCUUUGUUUGGAGGUUGGACUGGCAUUGAUCUUUCACAGUACGGUGAUGAUGAAGAGCUUCGCCACGUACAAUCCAAUGCUGUCAGAUCAGCUGUGGAAGGCUGGUCGAAGACUACACCGAAGGUUGCAAAGUGGACUAAGCACACUGUUGCCAACCAUAUCAAGGUCGGCGGUCUUGGAGCUACUGUCGUCGGCACUGCAGACGUUGUCGCGGAUGAACUGGAACGCUGGGUUCGAGAAGCCGAUGUGGAUGGUUUUAAUAUCGCUUACGCGUUAUUCCCCAGGACCUUUGAGGAGGUGAUUGAACAUCUACUACCAGUCCUUAGGGAGAGAGGGCUGUUCUGGGAGGAUUAUGCUGUUCCGGGAGGCACAUACAGAGAGAACUUGUACGGAAAGAAGGGGCUGGCUCGACCUCCUCAGGGUCAUCCUGCAGCGGCUUUCCAUUGGAAGGCAGAUUGA